AUCAAGGAUAAACAAGGAUACAUUUUUGCAGAUAUGUCACUACCGCGAAUAACGGACUAUGAGAUACUGGAGAAACUCGGCGUUGGCAGCUAUGCAACUGUCUACAAGGCGCGCCAUAAAAAGCAGCGCACCUAUCAUGCCAUCAAGUACGUGGAAAUGUCCACGUUGUCGCAAAGCUCGCGCGACAAUCUAAUUACGGAAAUUCGACUGCUUCGUGAUCUCAAGCAUAAAUACAUUGUGACGCUUCAGGAUUUCUUUUGGGAUGACAAGAACAUCUACAUUGUGUUGGAGUACUGCAAUGCUGGCAAUUUAUCUGCAUUUAUACGCACCAAAAAAGCGCUGCCGGAGUCAACAUGCCGUUAUUUUCUACGCCAGUUAACCGCUGCCGUUCAAUAUAUGCGAUCCAAUGACAUCUCUCACUUUGAUCUCAAGCCGCAGAAUCUAUUGUUAACGCGCCACGCCAAUCAUGUAACUCUCAAAGUUGCAGAUUUUGGUUUUGCGCAACACCUGAAAUUGGGCGAAAUAAACCAACAGCUGAAGGGAUCACCGCUCUACAUGGCACCGGAGAUAGUGCGAAAGCAUCAGUACGAUGCCAAGGCCGAUCUCUGGAGCGUUGGCGUCAUUCUCUAUGAAUGCCUGUUCGGCAAGGCGCCAUAUUCGUCGCGGACCAUCGAGGAGCUGCUGAUGCGGAUACGCAAAGCGGAGCCCAUUGUGCUGCCACCGCAUGCACGGAUCAGCAAUGAGUGCCACGAUUUGUUGCGCCGCUUAUUGGCUCACGAGCCGGCGGAACGCAUCUCGUUCGCUGAUUUCUUCGAGCAUCCGUUCUUGGAUCUGAAAACGUUUCCCUCGGAACAGACACUGAAGAAGGCCGUUGAUCUGGUCACCAGGGCAGUGGAGUAUGAUGAGAAACGUGAUUAUAAGGAGGCUUACUAUUUGUACUGCAGUGCAUUGCAAUAUUUUGUGCCGCUCAUCACCGAGGAAUCGGAUGCCAGCCGACGGCAGGAGUUGCGCAAUCGUGCGCUCGCCUACAUGAAGCGCGCAGAAGAGAUCAAAAAUGUUCUCAUCGAGGAUGAGUACAAAAUGCUUGCACAACGUCAACAGCAGCAACAGCAGCAGCAGCAGCAGGAUCAGCAUGAAGAAAAAGCCAAGGCUGCAACAACUCCAACUGCUGACUCCAAUCAGUCAAGCAGAUCGCGCAUGAUUGAAAUGCUUGAGCCGGAUGCGCGCUAUAAACAGCUUUUUCUUCUAUCGAAUUCGAGUCCGUCUCUGAAGACUGGUCUGGAAAUCGGGCGCAAAGGCGAGCUGUAUCUGUACGAGCGAAAACUGGACGCUGCCUUGGAGGCAUAUACCUCUGCGCUGGGUAUUCUGGUGCCGUUUGUGAACAAUGAACCGAAGGGCGAGCGUCGCAAUCUGCUGCUGCAACAGCUGGAUUUCUGGAUCAAGGAGGCUGAGAGUAUCAAGAGUAUUUUAAGCGCUAAAAAUUUGGAUGAGGAGGAGCAAAAGAUGUCCACGUUCUACAUUCCAGAAAUAAUAUCACCAUAUGGCUGGCACAUCGGGCCACACAUUUAUUUAUUUUUAUGCAUUGUGAUUACCUUAAUUAAGAUGGUUUAGACAAAAGUCUACGUUAAAUAUGAAUUAAAACUUAUGAUCAUAGAUAAUAUACAAA